CCCACAAGUUGUUGGUUUGCGUGUCCAUCAUCUUCCACAUCAUAAUAAAACCACCUUGUUAACUUCCUUGGCUAGUACUAUUACUCGCUCUCUGUUUCUCACAUAAUUUGGUUGAAGCAAAUAAUUAACAAGCACAUACCAUGGCUAGCAACAGCACCAAUACUUCUACUACUACUACGACUACUCAGAGUCCGUUGAAAGCCGCGGCUUUAAUGGAACAGAUGAAGCUGCAUCUCGGCACAGAUGCUGGCAAAGCUCUCCUCAAGAAAAUUGGGCUUGUUUACCAACUCAAUAUCGCUCCCAAGAAAAUUGGAUAUAAUGAAGAAAUAUUUGUUGUUGAUCUCAAGAAAGGAGAGGUCACUAAAGGGGCAUACGAGGGUGGCAAACCUGAUGCAAUCUUCUCUUUCAAGGAUGACGACUUUAUCAAAAUAGCCUCCGGUAAAAUGAAUCCCCAAAUAGCUUUUAUGAGGGGAGCCAUGAAGAUUAAGGGCAGUAUGAGCGCGGCCAAUAAAUUCACACCUGAUAUAUUCCCCAAGCCUUCCAAAAUGUGAUGAAUUUACACAUGUAUUGUGUGUUCUUAUCAAAUUUCGCAAGUAAUAAGAUACAGUUGUUUCCUAUAGUUUCUCUUUAUCGGAGGAUAUUAUUUUGUGCUAAAUUCGGAAUAAUAAUUUUUUUUUCCUGCAA